AUGAAACGCACAAACGAUUACGAUAAUUCCGACGGCAACAAGAAGCCUCGCUUUUCACAAUCGUACAAUGAUAUGUAUGCCCAAUAUUCUGCUAUGGAUCCUGCAGCGGCAGCAAUGAUGAUGAACUCUCAGUAUGCAGCAGCAGGUGGUGGACCUAAUGGAUUUGGCGGGUUUGCGUCUCCAAACGGCAUGUAUGGCGCGAUGGGCUAUGGCGUGCCUGGAUCAAACAUGGGCGCUGCCGCAUUCAAUGGCGGAUUCGGUUCAUCCGGGUACCCGCAUCCAGCCUUUGCCGCAGCAGCUGCAGCCAUGGGUGGUGGCGGUGGUGGUGCCAAUGGUCAGCCCAACCAACCCGAAAUCAGUCGCACAAUCUACCUUGGCAAUAUCCCAGACGAUAUUGUAGCCAGCAACAUUUUCGACACUGUGCGCGUGGGCCCUGUUGAGUCACUCAAAUUCCUGAUGGAGAAGAGCUGUGCAUUCCUCACCUUUGUCGAUCCAGCAUCCGCACAACUCUACUAUCAGCAGUACCUGACAAGCAAACUCGUGCUCGGCAAGAACGAGAUCAAGGUCGGCUGGGGCAAAUACACCCCGCGCGAGAACUUGGUCCAAGAAGCCAUCAAGCGAGGCGGCAGUCGUAAUGUCUACAUUGGCCAGAUUGACGACACAGUGACCGAGGAAACGCUCAAAUACGAACUAGCCCAAUUCGGCAUGAUCGACCAGGCACGCGUGCUGCGAGAGAAGAAUAUUGCGUUUGUGCAUUUCGCUAGUAUCGCAUCAGCUACGAAAUGCAUCACGACAUUGCCUAAUGAUCCUAAUUGGAAAAAGCGACGUAUCAAUUAUGGCAAGGAUCGCUGCAGUAUGCAAAUGCCUCCUCAGCAGCAACUACCAGAUAACAAGCAACAGCAGCAACAGCAGCAGCAGCAGCAACAGAUGGUGGGAUCGCCUGCACAACCACAGAAUCAGGGACAAGAUCAACAGGGGCAACAAGACCAGUAUAAUUUCGGUUUUCAGCAUCCGAUGGGUGGAUUUGGUGCGUACGGUGCCGCGCAAGGCGGGUACGGUAAUAACAACAACGUGGCGUUGCGCACACUGUACCUGGGCAGCAUCAGUGCCGAAGCGACAUGCGAAGACCUAUGCAACGUGAUCCGCGGCGGUGUCCUAUUCCAAAUCCGAUAUAUGAAAGAAAAACACAUUGCCUUUGUCACGUUCGUGGAUCCCAUGUCUGCUGUCAACUUGUACAACCAUGCAAACACGACGGGAUUAGUUGUGAAGGGACGCAGGCUCAAGGUCGGCUGGGGCAAACCCACCAAUAUGCAUUCGUCGAUCUAUUUGGCGGUACAGAACGGCGCGUCACGCAAUAUCUAUGUUGGUGGUAUCAAGGACAAGUUGAACGAGGAGAAGCUGCGCAAGGAUUUCGAACAGUACGGCGAAAUCGAAAUGAUCAACACGUUAAGCGAGAAGAACUGUGCAUUUGUCAACUUUACAAACAUUCAGAAUGCCAUGAAGGCUUUGGGUGCCAUGAAGUAUCAUGCUGAUUAUAAAAAGGUCAAGAUCAACUAUGGCAAGGAUCGGUGUGGUAAUCCUUUCAAGCGCCCCAAUAAUGCUUCCCAACAACAACAACACCAACAACAACACCACCAGGAGCAGCAAAAACCACAGAAUGACGAUGCCUGCAUCAAGAAGGAAGGCUUUAAAGGUUUUGAUGCAGAAGAGGAUAAAAAAUAA